AUUGGAACAAUUUACAGACUUACCCAAACUCACUGAUGUUCGUGGAUAAUCCACAAAAUGCCAAAUAUCUACAGGUAAUAUUAAUCCCAUGCAAAUAAGGCUUAAACGGCUUAUGUACUUGAAUAAAUCUACUGCUAUUUAUGGAAAGCAGGCAGCUUUAAUACAGCUGAGUCAAAGUCAGAAGUCCACACUCAAAGGUUAAAUCCGUCUAGGUUUAAGGCACAUCCAGGCACAUCCUGCAGGCUCAGGAAAACCUUUGUUUCUACGUUACAGGAACUAUUAUUCAGAGCAAAAAGAAAGGUUAGCAGUUUAGAUAAGAACCAGUGACAAGACAUCCUUUUACACUGGUGGUUUUGUAGAUACAUAAAGCUUGAUAGGUGAGCAUAAAAAGGUCUUAGUUUAUUUAGAAAGAACAAAACCAAAAGGAGAUUGUUUCGAAAUGAGAAAUUUGAGCGGGAUUCUAUUUUACAUUACGUUGAAAAAGCAAAAUCAAUUCCAGUUCAGAGUUGUCCAUGAUUGAGUUAAGCUUUGGUUCACUUGGGUAGAAAACAGUCAGCAAAAGAAGGACCGGUACAUCCUUGGGUGUCACAGCUUGUUUGCUUAACCUGUUCAAAAAAAGACUCAAACAGACCAACUAAAUCCCACUGUUUUUGAUAUUAAUGCUGGAAUAAGUUAUCUGCUUAAUAACUCUGACUUUACAACUCAGCAGAAAAAGAUUUGCACCCUAACAGGCUGACCUGAUCUUUGAGCUUCAUCUGUGAAAUCCGUCAUGUGAUCUCAGACAUGUGAGGCAUGAAUAGAGACAAGGAAUGUGGAUCCAACUAACUCUCUAUUGUUCUCUUGGCUUCUGUCUAACUUUGCUGCCAUACGAGUAUCUGUUUGACAAAGAGGAGGACUGUAAAUGUUUAAAACAGCUGAAUGCUCUGGACCUGAACAAUGAGUCUCAGCUGUCAAAGACACAGUAAGCACAAGGCCCAUUUCAGCACAUCGGCAGAUAAUGUUACGAACAGGAAGUUUAGAAGUCACCAUUAUGUGGCCUUGUGCGAUUGUUUUGAUUUUUGACAUGCUUGUGGCAAAGCAAUGACAACUGGGUGGACUGCUUUGAAAUUUGGACCGAGCUGCAGCUUCUGGUGUUGAAAAAAAAACCUCUGCAGUUCCUUGAGCGUCCACUUAAAUGGAUCUUCAAAAGCACCAAACUCUCUUUACACCCAUAUUAAAACGUCCAUGUUUAUAGCUGAAAUGAACAUGUACAGCCCACUUUGAAAAUUGCUUUGGUCUCCCUUAGUAGUCGUCAGUAGACUGACAAGUAUCCAAAAGUGAGACUGAGUCAGCAUUUCCAAUACAGUGAGCACCAUUGUUGGUUUCAGAACCUUUUCUCCAGAAACAAAUGGGCCAUGUCAAUGAGACUAUGUUCAUGUUUUCAGGGCUAAUACUCCUGACUCAUAGCCUCUUCUGUAUUGUCUUCAAGUGUUACGAUCAGUUAAAGAUUGAGAUUUUCCAGAGCAGUGGUUAAUAACUAAAUACAUUCAGAACUGAGUAAAUUCCCAUCUGCCAUAGUGCUUUGAAUCUCCUUAAAACACAACCAACAAAUGUGUCCCACUUUCCCCAGGCCAUGAAGGCUGCACCAGGUCAAUCCUUCUUGGCCCACCAUACCUCAUGCACCAAAGCAGAAACAUUGAAAUUCACUGUUAUCUUUCAAAUGUUGGUGAUGAUGUUCAAGACGUGCGAUGCUGGCAAUUCUGGCUAGUUAGUGGAGAAAACCACCUGUUGCAACAUGACACCAGUGUAACGGUGGGAAAGACUGGUGAGCAUGUAACCCUCCAUAGACCAUCCCAGUUCAGUUUGACCUGCUAGUUCUACAUAGGUCACAUAACUUCAGCUCCUGGACUGGAAAGCAGCUAUUGAGUAACAUUUACAACCUAUCCAAGAUGGUGGACCAAUCAGAGUCCAGCACUAGGAUAAAAGUGUCUUUAUACCAAUUGGAUGAAUACAGUAACAGUUCAGACGUGGAAAUGAACACGCUGAGAAUGGAGAAGUUUCACAUGAGGAAAACAGCAUUUAGGUCAUCAUCUCUGCCCAUUCAAUUUCAGUGAGUUUUCAAGAACUUUACCAGCUGUGUUUACACAUCAACUCACCCCAGUUUCUUUAAGUUGUACGUAGAGGUUAGCAGGAAAAGUCUGGAUAGAAUCAGGAUGAAAUAUGUGUCUAAUUGCGUUCCCCAAAAAAGGAAGACAGAAAGAAGGGACAAAGAGAUGAGAUAAAAGAAAGACUGGGAAAGAAAAAAUGGACAAAGCAGGAAGAUAGGAGGAAGGAAGAACGGACAAAGACAGAAAAUGUCUGGAAGACCGAUGGAAAGAAGAAGAAACAAAGACAGGUGAAAGAAGAAGGAAGGGGAAAGAUAGAGGGAACAAGGAAGGAAGAAAAAAAGGAAAAAGAAAGCGGUAAGAUGGAAGCAGAGCCAGCCCAAGUCUCAAUGGUGCCCUAAGCAAAAUUAGGUUUUUGGGUCCUCUAUUUCUGCCAAUAAUAUUGAUUGUUGAUCAUUCACACGCCUUCACAAAUCUCUUUGAUUAACAUUCCAUGACAUGCAAACAUACCUUUAUCUUGGCGUUUUUUCUCUUCUUCCUCUUUCUUCCUCUUUCUUUUCUCUGCUCCUGAAGGAUAUGUCCUUUUUUUGCGACAUUGUUUUGCCCCACAACUACCUGCAUUUAAAAUGCUCAGUGUACAUUGCACAGCAAGAGGCACAUAACAGUAGUGGAGCAGUAAGAAUCAUAGGCCUACAUCAGCAGCAGCACUAAAAUGUUUUUACUUUAUUUUAUUUUAUGAUAAUAUAUAUUUGAUCAUGUAGAAAGCAUCACUCAUACAUGCAGUAAAUAAAAAAUAUUUACAAAUUCUUUUUUUGAUUGCUCUGGGGGGCCUCCCAAUUGACCGCGGGGCCCCAAGCAGGCGCUUAGUUCGCCUAUGCCUUGAGCCGGCUCUGGAUGGAAGAGACAAACAUGGAAGAAAAGAAGAUAGAUGGAUGAUAGAAGGAAGACAGAUCGAAGAAAGAAUGGAUGGAGUAGGAAGAAAGAGGAAACAACAAAAGAAGAAAUUAAGGAUAAAGCAGGAAAGUUGACAUGCUCUAAAUUAAGUCAACAUUAUUAUUACAGCCUCAGCUCUAAGCCGUACAGGGACUUCGUUAUUUCAGUUGAUCCUUAGUUUUGCUUAAAAACAAAACAGAAGAUUAGUGACCCUUGGGUAAAGAACAUAUCCAACGUUUAAUUUGUUUCUGUGAGAUAAAAAAAGAACAUCGUGGCCAUGAUUAUUUUUUAUGAUCUAUUUUUAACACUGUUGGUUUUAAGUGGGGUUCGAAAAGUUUCUGUGGGAGAGUGACCGCCUUCCUGCGUAAUCUCUGAGAGCUCUUUAAACAAAAGAUAUUUAAGAUACCAGCAGCCUGCUUUACUCAUAAAUUUCAAAUAAACUAACACAUGCUGAGAACAAAAACACAAAAUUAAGUAUGUUUCCCUGAGGAGAUGUAUAACGAUGAAGCAGAGAGAUAACUUUGUAGUCCACAUGACCUAUCCACGUUUAGUCAGGGCCCCCCGGGGGAAAUUAAACAAGGCAGUGAUAGUUCACUUGACUGCUUUCAAAGGCUUCUCUUUACUUCCUCUCUCCAAGGUCAUUAUGUAGCAGCACGGACAGCGCAGGUCAAGCGCCUGUCAGCCCCUCAACAAAAACAGCUCAUGUUCCCCAACAAUCGAGGGCUUGUUGGAGGUUUCCAGCGAGGCCACAGACAGAGUGAGAGGACAGUGAAACUGAAUCUUUCUGCCUGUCUUUCCUUCCCUCAACACAUGUCUGUGUCCCUGCCUUCCAGUCAUACCAAAGUCUGAAGUUUACACUCAAACUUGUACUCAGAAAUAAUAAGGAAUUUAUAGCUGUUUUACAAAGAUCUUUACUUGUUUUUUUCAUAUCUGAAAAAACAAACUGAAAUUCCUAUGGAUUAAUAAAUAUCUCAUUCAUUAUAAAGCCUACUGGCCUUGACCAUAACUGUCUUCUUAAAAAUUAAAUAUUGAUACGGUGCUGAAGUGAGUAAAGUCUAUUCUGACAUUUCUUUAAAUGUAUGGGUGCAUGUCCACUUAGAGCUACAGCCAUACUGUGAAAAUCAAAGUACUUUUAUAUCAAGUUUUCAGCACAGGUGUAAAACAGUUUUAAAUUUUGAUUUUUUUAGUGGUUAGUCGUCGAUUCAGGAUUCAUUUUAAGAUUUUAUUGUUUGUUUUAAAAUCUUUAAAUGGAGAAGCACCCAAAUACAUUUCUGACCUCCUGCAACGCUAUACUCCCACAAGGUCUCUGAGUUGGUGGUCCCUAAGACCAGACUAAGAACCAGGAGUGGCCGUGCCUUCUCUGCAGUGGUCCCCAAUUUAUGGAACAAGCCCCCCCACACACACACUUUAUGUUAGAUUAUCUCCAACUUUAACGGUUUUUAAAUCCCGCCUGAAAACUUAUUUUUACUUCUUGGCUUUUAACCCAGCAUGAGAGUUGUGUGAUCUGCCUCUGUCUGUUCUUUUAUUUGUUUUUUUUUUAUUUGCUCUUACAGUGUUUUUAUUUUAUUUUACUUCUUCAUUGUUUAAUUUUAAAGUGUUUUAUGUGGUUUUUAUUGUGAUUCUUUUAUUCUAACGUUUCAUGUUUCUGUGUGUUUUUAACUUAUCUUAUAAACUUAAUUGUUUUUUAAAAUGUGUGAACUGUAUUUCUUUUCUGUACGUUUAGGCCCAACAUUCAUGUUCCCCCAUCCAUUCAGUGCACUUUACCUGUAUCCCUGUAUCUUCUUCACCCUUUGUUAAUUUAUCCUCCUUUUUUACAGCCAAAUGUAUACUUCUCUUCUCUUCUCUUCUUCGCCCCGUCCUUUAUUUUCAAAGCCCAUUACAGCCCAUUACAUUCUGAACUCAAGGGGCUUAACAAGGAUCCUUUAGCAGAGAGCGCCCUCGGGGCUCCAGAGGGAGUGGUCGUCCUCAGUUACACCGUCUGGUCGCAGGAAGUAACCCCUCUGGCAUUGAACCAAAGGGAUUCGAACAGAAGGACAGGACACACCCAUCCCUGGUACAAUUUUUGAGUAUAUUGCUGAGUUUAUUUUGCUUUAACUCCUCCUGUUAUUCCUCCACAUCAACCUCUACUACAACUUUUUUUGUACUUGCAUGGGGCAAAGCAGGGACAACAUUCAAACCAGAAAUACUUUGGUAUACAGAGGGGAGUUUUGUCAUACCUUUACACACACUAUAGCAGAAAGAACUGAAACAUAUAGAUAUGUAGCAACAAAGUGCAUGGUAUUCUGCAGAUAAAGCUGUGUUGUGUUGUGUUGAUAAGUCAAAGUGAAGCAGGCCUAGUGAAAAACAAACUUUCUACAUGGCUAGAAAUAGUACUCAGUGUCAGGGGUGAGUUUUUCUCAUGAAGACAAACAACACAAAGAGUUGUAGUAAGCACAAGGGGGACACAAACCAGACUCAUUUUUCCCAUUUUUAGCCAAAUUCUGGCUCCACAGAUAUCAUUUCCAGCUGUUUGAAGGUCAUCCCUAUGUUCCUCAAAAUGCUUAAGGGCUCCACCACCUGGUGAACAGCAGCUAUUACACCCCAGACAGAGAAAUUCUACUAAACACGCUGAUAUGGUGACACCUGGCGGAUUCUGACUGUCAUUACAGGUUAAGUUGCCUUUCUUGGUUGUUACCUUUCGUCUCUUAUAAUUUUUCUUAUUAUUGCUAUUUUGUGAAGCAUUUUGUGACUCUGCUCUGUGAAAGGUGCUGUAUCAACUUUACUUAAUUUACUUUGUGCAAGUCUUAUUUUUCAACAUUUUCCCCAGACUUUAUGCAGAGAGGUGCGAGUGCUUGAGUCCAGUCAUGCACCUUAUUUUGGUUUCUCCGAUGUUCUCUGAUAGGUACAAUUUACCUUCUAUCUCUGUGAUGUAGUGAUCCAAAUGUUAGAUGUCAACCCAAAAGCAGCAGGUAUUUUAUCCAAGAUUAGAUAUCUGGGGAAAACAUUUAUUCUUUGGCUUUCCAUAAAAGUUUUAAACUGUGUCCCUGCAAUGUGCAGUUUCUAUACAACCGUGUAGCUUUACUUUCUGUAAUUGUCACCUUCUUGCUUCUCUGUGUAGUAGCUGAGCCCAGCCUACAACUGCACUGAUGGUUGUGUGACCUGCUGCCUUCAACCAGUUUGCUGCAAAGCUGUACCAUCUCCCUCUGCUGGUCACUUUUUUAAAAAUCGUCACCCUAUUAAAAUAAUGGUUUGAUUAAUGAUUUAGGCCAAAAACUCAUUUUCAUCAAAAAAUGACUUAGGCCAUUAAUUUAAUUGGGUGAUGAAAUGCAUGAUAAAGAUGUAAUAAGGGAGAGAAGCAUUUACAGUUUAUACUGCUAAGACUAGCCCACCUUUCUAUGUAGUGUAUGCCUAAAGUAUAUUUCUGCUUCUAAAUUAAAAUACUGUGAUAUAAUACAUUUUUUCAACUGCAUACUGACAUGUUGGUUCCUCUGGUAUGGACACAGCUCACUUUUCCGAUUUCAAAUAGCUAUAUAAAUUGUGCAUCAUAUUUACAGAUCAUACUGAUUCAUACAAAAGUGUGAUUCAUACAGGAGUCUCUUUGCACAGACACGAGUGUCUGCUUCAGAUCAACACAAGGAUCUGUUCUGCUGUGGACUUUACUGACCUUUGGGAUCUUCAGCAGUUUAUCAGUAAGUCAAAUGUGUGCUGUGGUUAACAGUAGGAGUGUAAUGUCAGAGCAGAAAUGGUACCAAGUUUUCUCCACUUUGUGCUACAGAGGGGUAUUUGGUUUCUUUGUCAGCAAAGGUUUCUUGAGUUUCUGUGUGAUUUAUUGAUUAUAGAUCAUUUUGUUUGUGCUCUUUCACUCUUCAGAGAUGAUGAAAUAGCAGGUCACCUCAGUGUGGUAUCAGUUUUGUUGGCUCCUUCCUGCUUAAGUCUGCAGACUUUGAGCAAUGAUUUAGACUUUGAAGACACUUAAGCUUGAAUAAACGUUCUGUAUGUGGAUUUUAUACCAAAGGCACCAACUUUUUCUCUAUUUUUCUGUCUUUUUAACUGCAGAAUUGUUUAGGGGUCAGUAUUGAUCACCUUAAAUGUGACUCAAUGAUCAGGUUAAUGAUAAAACAGGCCACAGAUGACGCAUGGAGAGAGGUAUAUUGAUGACAAAAGGAAAUAGCCUCUAUGAACCAGUCAAGUAUUUAAGUUAUUUUAUUAAAUUUGAGCGGAUUUAAAUUUACUAUAAUAGAUAAACAUAUUGUACCUUUAUAGAUGUUGUAAAACCGACUAAAGCCAGCUCCCUCAAAAACCUCUCAACAGAGGAACUUCAAGAAGUCCAAGGAACCAAUCACAUCCAGAGAGCACAACUGUGAGCCAAUCAGAGCGACAGACUUUGAUAGAGCUCAGCUUGAGCUGAUUAGAUGUUCACCUGAAGAAUAUCUGUUGUUUCAGCAUUUUGGAGGGUGCAACAAGAGAGGGCUAAAUAUUUGAGAGAAAGGCUGAAAAGAAAGCAACAGAGCAGAAGAAAGACAGAAAGUUCAGCCAAAACAGGGAAAAGACAGAGAGGAUUUGUAGGGGCAACAAAGAGAGGAACCAGAAGUCAGGAAGAAAGUUAGUAAGGAUAUUGAAGUGGAGAGGAUGAAGUUCAGGGAGAGACGCGUGGCGCUGCUGUCCAUCAGAGAAAACAUUGAGAUGGAGUUGUUCUCUUCAGAGGAGUCCUGCAUGGUCAUAACAACGCUGGAGAAGGAAGAAGAAUGCAGCUAUGACCAGGUGUGUCUCAACUUUAAAAAUGAAGCAUCUAAAACUUUAGUGGACCUCAAACUACAGUUUUAUAUUUGUGUGACUGUUAACAGUCUGGCCUUCUCAGUCAAACUCCAAGUGUCCAAAGCUCUGCUGUUAAACCCCCCUAAAAAAGACCAAAGGCUGAAUAUCUGUGAGAACUUCAAGUUGUGCUCAGAUGUCUGUGAUCUUUCAGGGAUCUUUGCCUGAGGAACUGUGGUCAAUCAAGAGAUAAGAUGCUGCUUUUUCUCUCACUGACACAUUUUGAAGAUCAUGGGACUUUUCCACAGUGGAGGAACUAAAGCGACCUUCAAAUAGUUUGUGACUAAUUUAUCUUGUGAUUUAAGUUGAUCCUGAAAGUCACAUUUGCACAAAGCUAAGUGCAGUUUUAUUUGCUUUUGCUUUCUCCACUACAACUACAAAAUAAAUAAAUACCAUUAUGUUUGUCGUGCGGUUGAAAUCUGUCUGCAACAUGGCUGUUCUUUCUAUAUGAAAAGCUGCAUUUUAUUAUUAUUCCGUCUUUGGUGUUUGAAGUUUAAAAACCAUGGCGUUAAAUGCCCCGAUCAGAGGAUUGUUUUGCAGAAGUGUCAUUUAUUUCUUAUCAACAUUGCAGAAGAUAUCAGCGAGUUACUACUUCCUUGAUGAUCACGGAUUACAGCUCACAAAGAUCAAAAAUCCACUAUUUUAAAACACCUAAAUAUUAUGCAAAAGUCCAGUCCUUGAAAGAGCUCUCAUCAGCUAAUUAACUCUGAACACCUGCAAAGGUUUACUUAGGGGAGAUCACAAAGAGUGGACUGAGGCUGAAGUCAGAUAACCCGGAGCCACGGCUCACAGACAGGUCCAAGAGAGUCUGGAGGAAGAUCAGAGAGGCACACAGUUCAAGGUGCUUGAAGUCCAGCGUGAAGUUUCCACAGUCUGUGAUGAAUCCAGGGUCAACACGGUCUACCAGAAGACUUCUGAGCACUUUUAUUUGCGGAGAAGCUUUACAGAGAUACAGAUUUCAUUUUCCAGCAGUUCCUGGAGCCCUGACCAAGUACUGUCUGAGUAUAUAAAUGAGGGUUGACAUUUCUGUUAUAAAUCCUUUUUUUGGAUUGGUGUUCUGUGAUAUUUUGUUGUUCUGAGAUGUUUGAUUUUUUUAAGUCAUAAUAAUGAUUCAUAUAAAAAAGUCCUGAAGUUUUACCUCUUUGAAAUUACAGGAGAAUUUAACUUUUUCGGGACAUGCUAAUUAUAUGAGCUGUACUUGUAAAUGUUGUAAUGUAGUUUUAAAAAAACAGCUCUCAAAGGUUGUCGUGCCAUGUUUUACAUAAUUCAUUCUCAUGAAACUUGUGGAGUUAACUUCAUACCAUGGAGUGACUAAUGUUCUGUCUGUUUCUUUGCCUCUUCUGUCUGAUCUAGAAUCAACUUUUACAAUAAUCAUCUUUCUCUUCCCUCAAUGUCCUCAGAGACACCUGGAGCAUCCUCUGGUCCCUGACAGUGAGGAGGAGGAGAAAGAAGAAGAAGAAGAGGAAGAGAUGUUUUUUGAGGCCCCUCUUAGGCAGCAGCAUGAGGUCAAACCCCGAACAGAGCCUCGUGUUAAAGAUCUGGUCAAGCACCACUCCCCACUGCCAGGGUUUAUGGAGGACACAGAGAUUGAAAUGGAGGUAGGUGAAUAUGAGUGAAGUGAGUGAGUAGGUUAUUGAGUGAAUUUGCAGAUCAAAUAGCAGACUUGUGAUCCCUCCUUCAUGCAGGUGUUCCUGCCCCUCAGAGUGUCUGACAGGAAGUCCCCAGAUGGCUCUGGCAUAACCCUGGUACGUCACCUCUGCUUUAAUCUUUUUGCUUCCUUCUCGGCAAAGUGACAUUUAAGCAGGGCGACAAAACCACCUUAUCUGGUUUGACAAAGAUUGCUGUUUGCGGGUUUCCCCUACAAAGAUAAGGAAGUGUGUCUGAUUUUUUUCAUCAUCUGUUUGUUCUAGCCUGCUGAGUCGGCUAUUGUGUUGUGUUUGCAUAGUACUGGUAGUUUAAGAUUACACCUUAAACCAAUCAUGUUGUCAAGGAUUAUCAUACUGAGCAUGGACACAGAAGCACAGAAACCAAGACAGCAGGUUUAACCCUGUCACCAAGCAGACCAAAACACUCGCAGAAGAAUUGUCUUCCUCAUUGGUUGCAUCACACAAAGUUUGAAAGUUUCUCUUGUAUUAUUGAAUCAUAUCAUCAUCGUAUUUACAGCCGUUCUCUUUGUCUUUUUGUUCAGUGAUAGGGACAGACAUUUCUUAAUGAAUUUGCUGCUCAGUGUCAAGAUUUACCAUCUAUCUCUGGAUGGUUUAUCACCAAAUAGCUUUUCUGGUUGUAGUCAAGAGUCUAGAGCAGAAGAAUAACAAGUAUGAGUUCAAGUAAUGUGUCCAGUUUGCCUUGUAUUUUGUGUGACAAUGUGUUGUGUGUUGCAGCAAACUCCAAACAAAGCCAGUCGUCUCAAGUGGAAGAGACAGACCCCACAGAGAACAGGACUGGUGGUCAAAGACGUGAUCUGUCUACCCAGAGGAUACUACCUGGAGCAGCUGGAAAGGUGUUUUUAAGACUUUUACAGAGACAGAAGACAAACAAGUAAAAGUCAAAUACUCACUUUAUUAUGUUCUUAUUUAAAAGUAUGAAUUUAUCCAUGACACUGUCAGUCAUAACUUACCAAGUCUGUAGCAUAGACUGUAUUUAGAGUGGACGCCGUCUGCCUCCUCUCUGGUUGAAGCUACUCAGAGAACAGCACCCUCUGGUGACGGGCUGCAGCAUAGGUCAUAAAUCUCGCCUCCUCCAGCAAUCCCUAUGGAGCUGUGGACAAACUUUAGAAAUUUAUUACACAGAAUAUAAAUUUUUCUCCCCCCUGGUUGUGAUGUUGACAUGUAGUUACUGUAAGACUAGUUUGUGCUCAAGUCCUCUUUUUUUCUGUACAGCUCCAUUUUUAAAAGUUAUUAGGGGGUUCAUGUUUUCUAUGAUUGACACUUGAUACAGCCUUACGAAGAUUGCGUAGCUCACCCAGGGAAUACGCUAUUUGAGUCGAGCGUCAUCACAGCGAUUCUCACGCCAAAUACGCACAAUGCUACUGCGCAAGUGGUGGAGUGCGUAUGACGCUACUGCGCAAUGUUGGUUUCAGGAAGUGGAGAAAAAAACAUGGAAUUACUGAGAGCUUUUCAGCUUCAAAUCUGUAUACUGGCGGAAGGCAGAACCAAGUUGUCCAUGGUAUAUACAGUCUUUGGUCUGUAGUCAAUAGUGAGUUUUCUUGGCAUAAAGUUGACAAAAAAAUGGAGACAAUGACAAUGUUAAGCUAAGAAACUUAUUCUUUCUAGAAUAAAGAUGAAAUAAUAUGAAGGCAACAACUAUAAACAGUUAAACUUGUAAGUAUGGAGGCCAGUGAAAUGUCAGUUUCAUGAAUGUAAAAUGCUUGUAUUUAGACAUUGCAUCUUCCAACAACAAAACAGAGAUGAAGUUCUUGUUGUUUUCUGUUUUAUGCAGACCUGUUGCUCCACGAGGUAAAGAUCGAGCAGCUCUGGUCGCCACAGGGAUGACAGCUCGCAUCACUAUUGACAGCGGCUGGUCGGCCAAUCAGAUGGAAAGUCGGCUGGUGAUGCUUUUCCAGGGACGGUUUGUUAAAGAGGAAGGACAGAAGUUCUCCUUCACAUAUUUACAGGUGUGUAUUAUCAUGUCUCAAAAGACAAAAGGGAGGAAGACAGUGUUUCAAUGAGAGCUUUUUUGACAUGAGCACCAGCAUAUUUCAUAAAUCUAUCCGUUCACACACAUACAUUAGUACGUUUCCUUUCACUCCUAACAUUACUGGUGUUUUCAUUUGUGAUGGUGUGUUUUAUUUCUAGUCCGUGCAGGGCUCCAAGGUGUUGUUUUUCCCAGACACUCCUGCAGAAGGCUGGACUGGAGAGCAGGUGCUCAGAACUGCUGGACACGGUGCUCUGCACAUCCUCAGUCACCAGGACUGUCCUCAGGUAAACCGCUGCCGUUACAGGAGUCUUUAGCAAAUAAAUCUUAAAACUAAAAUUUAAGAGAGAAUGCAUGUGGUUUUCAUGUGGCAUGUGGACAUUUUUUUUUUGUUUUCAACAUGACCCCAAAUAAAACCGCAUAAAAUUUUCAUACCAAGAAAAUGUAAGAUACUGUCUCUCUACAGGUUAAAUCUGACAGCAGUGAGACGCCGGCUUUAAACAAGUAAGACAGUAUCUCAAAUACUUCAAACUGUGACAAGUGUAUUGAUAUCACUGAAUAGCUGAUCUGGAUUUUUAUUUUAUUUUCACCAUUUGCAAGGAAGGAUAAUUUUUGUUUGGAGGAGAGAGCAGAGGAUUACCUGAAGAAAGACAACCAGCUCGAAGAUCUGAACCAGAAUCAGCCUCAUGUUUGCAGCUCCACUGUGGAGGUGAGUUUACUUACAGGAGAAACAGACAAAAGAGCGAGCACCGUAGUCUUAAAGCAUGUCUCUGUGGUUCAGAUCAAACCAGACCUGGAAACCAUCCUCAGGCAGUUCCAGCUGGAAAAUGAGAACCAAGAUGUAGAAACCCACAUUCAGGUGAGGAGGGGAGACCUGCUGAAUAGCGCUCUGAAGGUGGUGAGGAAGCCUGCCUUCUGCUUCAGGACAACACCCAUCGUCUCCUUCAUUGAGGAGGAGACCGACAGUCAUGGGGGACUUCUCGGGGAGUUUUUCAGGUCUUUGAUGCUUGACUUCAUAACAUACCUGACACAAACACACGAGAUCUAUAUUUUCAGUACCUGACAGUGAGACAUGUACAGAAGUCGUUCUUUUUGAUAGUAUAAACCACCACAUUCACACUCCAGUUCAUUCGCUCAUAUCUCUUUUUCUUACAGAUUGGUUUUGCUGGAGCUGCAGCACACUUCUGUUUUCGAGGGUUAUCCUGGGCGGUUGUUCUUGACCUAUGACCUCUCAGCUCUUGAAGACAGAAAAUACUAUGAAGCAGGAGUUCUGAUUGGCUGGUCUUUGGCUCAGGGCGGGCCUGGACCUUGUUGUCUGCACCCUGCACUCUACCAGGUUGAAUGAAUCCUUGUCUUUGUUAAAUACUUGGAAAGUUACCAACAUGUCCUCAGUAUGAACUCUCAGCGUGAUCACAUUGUUUCUUUAGAAAGACAUACUGUGUAAGCAGCUGUGUUGAAUUGUGUUUACACUUUUGUAUUCUUAGUGUGGUUGUGCUGUUUUCUGUCUCAGAUGAUGUGUGGUCAGAAUCCACCUCUAGAGGAUUUUAACUGGAAGGAGAUCAUUGAUGCUGAAGCACGAAACAGACUGCAGCAGGUAGCACACAAUCACACUAUUUGAAAUAACCACGUCUAUCUGUGGAAACGCAAAAAAGAGCAAAAUAAUGCAACUACUACACUACUAUCAACAAAAAUAUGACCAUUCUGUCUCACGUACAGCUGCAGCGUUGCACAGAUGUGAAGCUCCUGUCUCCCAGUCUGUGUGAGUGGCUGUUCAACUGUGGGAUCUCUGAAAUCCAUUCAGCCAAAUCUGUUGACCUACCAGACAUCUACAGCCGCAUUGUGAAACAUUACAUUUACCACAGGUAGGAGGGGCAGACACUCACAGGACAAAAAAAGGGCAGCAAUAGCUUACAAACAUUACAGUCACCAAAUAGUGUCUUAGAGUACAUGUGUGGGAAAAAAAGCAGUAAUCUUUUAAUCAUACCCGCUCUUCUUUAGGGUGUCCAGUAUGGUCUCCCAGUUCACUGAAGGGUUAAAUAGCUGUGGUGGAUUAUGGGACAUAAUUCGGUCCCACUGGGAUUUGUUUGCACCUCAGAUGACAAGAGUGCAGCAGCCUCUAACCCUGGAAGAGUUCAAACAGCUCAUCAGCGUCUGCUACAGUCCUCCUGACAGCCCGCUGAGGGCGGCUGAGGAGGACUCUGCUGCACACUGGGACACAGCCCUGACCCUGAUCAGCGGUAAGACACAAAAGAUGUUUGGAGGAGACCGGAGAGGUUUAAGAUAACAAUAAGGGUAAAAUGUGGGGGGAAAAAAUGAACUAAAACUUGUCUUUCUGCGCCACCAGAGAGUAAAGCUGACUUUUCCCUUGAAGAGCUCCUCGCCUUCAUCACUGGAGAUGAUCACCCGCUUUCUCUUGGGUUACCCAGAUCAGUCUCACUGAGUUUUUGCUCCCAGGUAUUUUGUUUUCAUGUGCAAAAUUUAUUGAUCCAAUCAAAAAUUCGAGGGAUCGGAUCAUCUGAAUCAACUGUGUAUAUGGGUGUAAAAUCAAAUAAUCUGAUCAUGACGUGCGUAUAUAUGCACCAAUUUUGAUUCAGAUUAGAAGCAUUUGGACAUGCGCAGAGUUGUCUAAUUUCGCUAAAACGACCACAGAAGAAGAGUUGUAUUUCCGCCUGUGCCAACAAACCAACAAACGCAGUAGUGGCUCACUCCAUCCAAUUCAGGAGGCGCCCUUGUGUACUUAUUUUACUGUUUUGUCAAAGAUUGCGCUGUGCGUGCAGAUGUGACAUCAUUACGCUGUAUGUACGCCUUGUUAUGUUAUCGGAAGAGCAGGCACGGCUGCUGCUGUUGUGUUUUAUGCCAGUGUCGAUAAUAAAGCCUCCUGUACUGGCCUUGAUAAAUAAGCCAAAGGCUAAAGAGUGAAGAUUGAGUCAGGUAAGAGAGUUACGAUCGGAAUAAGUGUUUACAUGGACUCGUUUCGGAAUAACAAUAAGCAUAAACCACCCCUCUUGAUCGGAAUUCAAUUUCUUUCCGAUUGAGCCAAAUGGGAUCAGAAUCUUCUGAUCGACAUGUUUACAUGACACAUUUUUAUUCUGAUUGGGCAUUUACUACGAAUUAUUUGGGCCCAUGUAAACAUGGCUACUGAUAAAUGAAUAAGUAUGAGUAUCCUGAGCAGCACAGUAUAAAUAAACAAAUUUAUUAGUAUCCCUGCAGAUUUUACCAUCUUUGAUACAACUAUCAUUUUAAUCUGAAGUAAUCAGAAUCUUUAUUUUAUUAUUUUGCUUCAUCCUGACUUUAUUCUCUAGGAUGAAAACGUGUCAGGUGUGAAUCUGCCCUAUGCCUCCACCUGGACUCUGGAGCUCUUCCUGCCAACUGGAGUAGCUGGAGCUGCGGAUAUGUUGGAACUGCUGAGUCGAGCUGUACACGAGGCCCUGGGUAUUUCCAGGAAAAAGGAGACAGAGAGGACAGCUACUUGGGUCUGAGGACAAGUUGAUGAAGAUGAUAUAAAACACAUGAAGUUCCUAUUCUGCUGGAGUGUAAAGGUAUCCUCAAAUACAAACAUUAUGACUGCCAGGGAACUACCAAACAGUGAGGGACUGCAGUUAGUGUGCUGAAUUUGUCUGGACAAUUAAGGCGGCCUGAUGACGAAGACAAUAAGAGACUAAUUGAUUAAUAGCCAUCCAGAUCUGGUUUGUAUCCUUUAAUUACAGAGUUAAAUGUCCCUGAUUGUUUUAUCUUGCAGAAAUGGUUGCAUAACCGUUAAACACUGUCCCUUCGUAGAUUUAGAU